UGUUUUAAACAAUUACAUUUAAUUUUCUACUUAUCUGGUCGACAUCAUUUCGAAAAGGUCUACUAAUAAAUUCAAGGUGAUGGUAACAAAUAUGACAGACACACCAGCACCCGUGGCAUCUGCAGUUGUCGUUCCUAAACAAGAUGCGCCAAACGUUAAAAGUCCCCGCAGGAAGCGUCGACAAUCAUCCGUGUCCGAAGAUGCUUCUAAACGUCUCCGAAUCUCCACCGAAGACAGCGCCAUCUCUACAUCCACUCUACAUUCCUCUUCACAAGCUUUAGAUUCUACAAAGCUUGAAUCACCUGGAAAGAAUCAACCUCUUGCUGUUUCACCAGAAGCCGCGAGAAAUGGUCGUUCCGAAAGAAGAAGAAGUAGUGUUCAAGAGGAACGCAAGCGCGGCCAAAGAUUAUUUGGAGGCUUGCUGAAUACUCUUAAUCAAAGUACACCAAAUGGACAACAGAAAAGGCGACAAGAGAUUGAAGCACGACAAAAGGAGAGAGCCGCGCAACGAAAAGCUGAAGCAGAAGAUAGGAAGAAACAGAAGGCAGCGAGUCUUCAAGCGGUACGAGUGGUUGAGCAAGUGAAAUUUCAGGAAGAAUCGAUGCGAAUGCGGCAUUCGAACAUGUUAGCUAUGGCCCAGUUUCUUUCUACAGAAACAGAGCCAAAACUGUAUUACAAACCAUGGCAACUAUCACCCAACAAUGAAGCCAGAAUCAAGACCCAAAUCAAAGAAGUAGAGAUGUUGAUUGAAGAAGAAAAGUCCCAGUGGGCGAGUAAACAUCCAGAACAAGAUCCAAAGGCUGAUGGGGAAUCUGAAGUAAAGGUGACGUCUGAUGUGAUGAUGGGUGAGCCUCAUGUGGAGUCUCCAUCUAAUUCUAACAUUGAUACUACUAAUCCAAUCUCUACACUUGUUGCUCAGUCCUCACAGGUCAAGACUGAGAAAGAUAAUUUGGAAGAGCAUAAUGGUGAGGUGGUAGUAGAAGCAGAGGAUACUGUUAUCUACUGAUUGCUCUACAUGAAUGGGUUAAGGAGUUUAGCUUGCCGGAAAAUGCUCAAAUGGUAUUUAGGUGUUGGUAUGGUGUUUUCAGGAGGUCAAUGAUAUCCCACGCCGGCUUGUACUCUAGACCUGGCUAUAUUAAAAUGUUUCUUUUCUCUUCACCGUUACUCGCAAUCAACUGAUUUAAGAGACUAUAUAAGUACCGGCCGCCAAGCCUACGAAACUCAAUACCUAGGCACAAGAUGAUAUUUGUAAGUAUCGGCCGCCCAACCUGCACAAGAUGAUAUUCGGAGACACCGGAUGUGGGACCAAAGUGGAAUGCGACGCCAUGAACAAAUGGUUUGUCUCUCCGUAAUCAAUCCUCGGAGUACGGAGUACACGACACAUUGCCAUGAUGUGUUAUUGCGUUGCAGCAACGACUAAUCAGUCGUUUGUUACCCAAUUUUUAUCGAUUUGAACCGAGGCACGGCUGUUGGUGGGGCAGCCUUGUUGUUUAAAUGGCCGACGUUUCCCAC